ACCCGUCUCACAGAAUAACCAGUUUCGUGUUAGACGACGCAGAGCACCAUGCCUGAACCAGCGAAAUCCGCUCCCAAGAAGGGCUCCAAGAAAGCGGUCACUAAGACCGCCGCUAAAGGAGGAAAGAAGCGCAGAAAGUCCAGGAAGGAGAGCUACGCUAUCUACGUGUACAAAGUGCUGAAGCAGGUUCAUCCUGACACUGGGAUCUCCUCAAAGGCGAUGGGCAUCAUGAACUCUUUCGUCAACGAUAUCUUCGAGCGCAUCGCCGGUGAGUCCUCUCGUCUCGCUCACUACAACAAGCGCUCCACCAUCACCUCGAGAGAGAUCCAGACCGCCGUGCGUCUGCUGCUGCCCGGAGAGCUGGCCAAACACGCCGUGUCUGAGGGCACCAAGGCCGUCACCAAGUACACCAGCUCCAAGUAGAGCUCAAAACAUGAAGCUUUCAGCUACCACAAAGGCUCUUUUAAGAGCCACCCAUUUCAUCACACAAAGAGUCUAAUUUCCAAAAUAAUUAAGUUUAUUGUAACUCGCUUUCUUUUUCGAAUUUAUAUUCGUAGGUUCUGUGUCAGAGGAAAGAGAAAUUUGGUUGUAAUUCUUCAUCGUUGUACUUUUUAUCUUGUUAUAGUGUAAUGUAAUCAUGCUCUUAAUACUCCAGUUUUGUCAUCCCUACAAUAGUAUUAAACGCUCAGUAAAUCA